AUGGACGAGGAUAAAACUUCAAACAUCAUUGCAAAAUUAUCUAAUAAGGACGUAAAUCUUAAUAUGUAUGAUGGGAGUUCGACAACAACCAUCAAUACUACAACUACUCCACAACCACCACCUACUUCUCCACCACCAAUAUCUACCAUUCUACCUACAACAAUUACAAUUGUAUUACCAUAUUUUCAAGUGGUGAUAAACGAACCUAUUAUAUCUUUAUUCUCACCUCAAUCCACAAAUGUUGAGAAAAUUGUUAAUAAAGAAGAAGAUGAAGAUUAUGCCAUGGUUGACUUUGGAGACUUAGAGUUUAAUCAAGAUGAGAAUGAUGUUCCUAAUAAUUCCCUUAUGUAUGUUAGUGGGCUUGAGGUUGAGUACUUGUUAAAGUCGCAAGAGUCAAUGUCUAGGACUGAAGCUACUCGUGAGUGUCAUUUGAUUUUUGAGAAGGUUAUGAACUCGUCAAAGCAAUCAAUAGAGCUCAAGCUUACUGUGCUUCGAAAUAUGUUGGAUCAAGAAGUUGGAAAGUUGGAGUUAUCCUUUGAUGUGCCUACAUCAAAUUUGAUUCCUCAAGAUCAAAUAACAUCCAUGGUCUCUUCUGUGGAGCAGUCUUUUAAAGCUAAAUUGGAACCAAUUUUUGACCUUGUUCUUCGUCUUCCAACCAAUGCUCCACGUUUUGCGAAUGUGUCGCAAGGGGGAGAAAUAGGGUUGGUGCGUCUGAAGGAACUAAUGAAGAUAAAAGCAUUGUUAUGGGAAGGGUUAUGUCUACUCAAAUUCUCACUUCGCUACUGA